GAGUAGCAUUGUGCAUGGACAAUGGUAGGCAAGGUUGAUAGGCGAGAACGGAAGGUCCGGCGUUUGUGCGUUCGCAUCAAAAUAAUCAUCCUCACCUCCUCAACGUGCCAAACCCGCUCCUUAUUGACACAAUAGACCAUUCCAGAGAACAACAGAUUAGCGAGCGUAUAUAAUAUGGACGGCGUGGGUGUGAGAUCUUCUGCCCUCUACCUCCAUUCUCGAGUUUCUCCCUCCUCUCGGUUGUAAUUCUAUUGUGCUUUGAUUCUGGUUGAUGAACUCUUCGAUGUACUCACCCUAUGGCUCUUCAUAUCGACCCGCCUUCACCUCUCCGACCAGCGCUGUCCAAGGUGGUACCGCGGUUGAGAAAGUGAAAAGGCAUCCACAAUACUACUUACAAGGAGGAGAUAUACAUUUUCUGGUUGAACACUUCCUUUUCCGCGUACACAGAUACUUCUUCGAGAGGGAAUCUGCCGUUUUCAGGGAGAAACUAGCCACACCUGCGGCUGCUGGUCAACCGCCCAAGGGUUCUUCUGACACGAAUCCUUAUCCUUUGGAGGACGUUCGUGCCGAUGAUUUCUCGAGGUUCCUUUGGGUAUUCUAUAAUCCGUACGAUAAAAUACUCGCUCUACGAUGCUGACCUCGACGACUGGUCCGUCAUCCUCAAGCUCGCAUUUGACUGGCGGUUUUCGGAGGUGAAGAAAUUGGCUUGCAGAGAACUUGAAAAGAUCUCCAUUGAGCCAGUUACGAAGAUCAAGCUCUAUCAAGACUACGAGCUUGAUAGAAAGCUUCUCAUCCCUUCGUACCUCUUCCUUACUCAGAGAGAAGAACCUCUCACUUUGCAUGAGGGUCGUCAGUUGGGGCUGGAAACUGCGCUUCUCAUUGCAACUGCUCGUGAGUGUGCUCGAGGCAAGCCGUCCGUUAACGGAACACACAGCCCCAGUGCGGCGAAGAUUCCGAAUGAGGACUUGGAGGAUAUCAUCCGCAGGGUCUUCGGGUUGUCUGGAGGUCCUCCAUCGCCGUCACUUUCUCCAGUCGCUGUAGUUGGAAACCAACCUGCUCCAUCAGCCUCUGCCGCAGCACGCACCGCAUCUAUUGCCGCAUCUUCUGUUACUUCUGGUGCUGCUACCCCUGCAGGUUCGAAGUCAACGAAGACUACAACCAGGGGAACUAAAACUCCUUCCACGCCUCGCUCGGCAAGCCCUGCUCCUAGCUCAAAGAACCUCGGAUCGUCUACGUCUUCCGAGAACAAGAAGGACGAGGACACAACUUCGACUGCACCGGUUGAUGACCUUCUAGGAGGUCCAUUGACUACGGCAGGCCAGCCUCCUGUUGACCAGGGCACUGCUGCGGGAGGCGAGGGCGCAUCUGCACCGACAGGUCAAGAUCUCUUGGUGACGCGCUCACCGUUUCUAUCCCUGCUCACAUAUGAACUGACACCCGGUUCCGACAUGCAGGGGAUGCCGAGAAAAACAAGACAACGACUGACGCUAACGCUGCCGGGACUGGCGAGCCCACAACUUCUGGAGAUGUCAAGCCCGAUGACCCCGUUAGCACUAAUGCUGGAGCAGGAGGAGCAGGAGGAACAGAGGGAGAAACACAACCUAACACCCCAGCAGCUGACGAGGCAGCAUCCUGGGCACCACCGGGAAAAGGGAAGAACCGGGGAGGCAAGGGUAGAGGCAGAGGUUCCGCCUGAGCAAUCUAACUCGUACGAAGUUAAUGUACAUGUCCCCGAUGUCCACGACGAACAUACAUCACAUCGAACUUCGUCUUUGUCACCAUCCGACCUCAGUAUGACUAUCGCGGGAACAGAGCUAGAUGACGGCACGACAGACGCGGGUGAUACGUCAACUGUCGUCGAGGACUUCAACGUGCAUGACAUGUUGAGUCAAGGAGAUGCCCCAGUUCACGUAAAAUGUGAACAAGGCACCCGUUUCAAAGAGCCGAUCCAGCAUGAGGUAGAAGGGAACAGUGGUCAGGUUGCGCUUCAGCAAGGUAACAGUGACUCAGCCCAAGAAGCGGAUGUCACAGAAGCCUUAGAAGAUUAUCCCGACACAACCUUGAGUAUCAGUCAUGAGAUACAGACGACCGAGCACGAUACCAAGAACGACGAAGAAAGUACGGUAGUCAAGACUGCAGAUACACAUUCAAACGGAGACGAAUGGGACAUGAUUGAACCAGAAGAAGCGGAUGUCACGGAUGCCAGCGAGGAGCACAAAGAGGAUGUUGAGGUUGGCCAAGAAUCGGACAACUGUGAAGGAGAUGCGAAAGAUUUGACGGGCAAUGAUCAGCCAGACGAGUCUUUCCCUGAACAGAACGUGGUCGACCCUACAGAGAACAUCCAACUUGACCAUGAACGGGGCAAUGAGCCCGAUGUCGCAGUGACUAGAAUUCCAGACGUUCUGCCGGUAGACACAUCCUGCCACGAUGUCCCAGCCGUCAUGGUGACAGAAGGUGCCGAGGCCCAAAAGGAUAGCGAAGCUGAACCUGUAUCAGAGGUCACCCCUGCAAUAUCGGAAACACUCCAGAACGCAGUGGAUGCAGCAUCACAAGACGACCAGAUACAGACAAAUCAGACCAGAGAAUUCAUUGACAGCGCUCCCGAGUCUACAAGUGAUUCUGUUGCUAAUGAAAGCGACGGUACGGUUGUCACCAAAUCCUCCUUGCAGGCCGAUGGUCCUUCGGGAGAAGAGACCAGUGAGGCCGGGAGAGAGCUGUUUUCUACGGCCGUGAAUGACAAGUCUGUUAUUGAAAUUCACGAUGCCAGUCGGACGAAGGAAGUCGACAACGUCUCUUCUGACGCAGCGGAACAGCUAGCGGAGAAGUCGAAUACUAAGGUUCUUUUCGCUGUCAAGCUCGAAAUCACGGACGAACCAGCGGAGAAAGAUUCAGCACUAGAAGUACCGACCAAUGGUGCAGUACAAACACUAGAUGCGAUGGCGCCGGAACUAGGCAUCGAUGGCGGAGAGCAGCAGAAGGAUGGCAGUAACGACGAUCUACAUGGAGGCUCCCCCAAAAAGAUAGGGCUGGAGGCGGUUGAUGAAGGGACGAUCAAGGAGGUUCAAGCUGAGCAGCAGCAGUCACAGAGUGUUACCGAAUCGUAGUUACUCACCCUAGCAUUGGCCUAUGUUGACGCAUGAGCGACGCGCUAGCUCGCGCCGCACGCAUCGAAAGGUUGUUGCAAGAGUGAGUCUUGCAUGAUAUGACGAAGCUCAGGUUAUAACAUUAUGUGCAUUGACAUAUGUCCGUGACUUGGGUUGCACGGUUUGAAUGGAACUACACGUCAAUUAAUCUUAAUUAUAUGGUUCAAUUAGGAGAGUAUAAUGUACCAAACAGUGUGGUAGGGAGCAUAAUUGCAAUGACGAUAUCCCGGAAGAUAUUGGUCUUGUCAUGAGGUGUCUUCCACCUCUUUUCG